AUGGCGACCAACAAGCAGGGCAAGAUGGCCGGUUACAUCAACUACCGGAUGCGAGUCACUCUGAACGAUGGCCGCCAAAUGACCGGGCAGAUGCUGGCCUUUGACAAGCACAUGAACGUCGUCCUCGCCGACACCGAAGAGUUCCGACGCAUCAAGAAGCAGAGCAAGCCUGCAGCUCCCGGCUCGGCCCCAGGCGCGGCGCAAGCUGUUGUGCAAGAGGAGAAGCGAACACUCGGUCUGACCAUCGUGCGCGGAGCUCACAUUGUCUCCUUUCAGGACCUGGUGUCGCACGACCAGCUGGACGAGGAGCCGCCCCUCCGGUUUCUCUUGCCGGUCCUGCUCCUGGUGUUGGAGGAGGUGUGCCGCCACCACCCUUCGGUGGUUUCCCAGGCGCUCCCCCUGGAUUCGCUGGACGUGGAGGCCCUGGCGCACCUCCAGGCUUCCCUGGCCCCCCUGGUGGCUUCCCACCUGCUGGUUUCCCCGGUGCUCCAGGUGGUCAGUUCCCUCCUGGCUUCCCUGGCGCUCCUGGCAGCCAAGCUCCGCCUGGCUUCAACCCUCCUCCCCGACGAUAAUCACGAUAAUACCCCCCGAAAAAAAGUCUACCGCUCCGCGCUUCACGGGGCUUAA